AGGAUUUUGACGUCAUUGUGCGACGGAAGUUGUUCGACGCCAAACCUUAUUCUGGCUGAUUCAUGGUCGCCAGUCUGGAAGAUUCACGUCGGUGUGUUAAAACAGCCUCCCGAAGCUAGAAAGCAAAAAAAGAUCCUGACAUGGACCGUCUCUUGAGACUCGGUGGUGGAAUGCCAGGUCUUGGCCAGGGCCCCACAACAGAUGCACCAGCUGUGGACACAGCAGAGCAAGUCUACAUUUCAUCAUUGGCACUGCUCAAGAUGUUAAAGCAUGGGCGUGCCGGUGUCCCAAUGGAAGUCAUGGGAUUGAUGCUGGGAGAGUUUGUUGACGACUACACAGUGCGAGUGAUUGAUGUGUUUGCCAUGCCCCAGUCUGGAACGGGCGUGAGUGUUGAGGCAGUGGACCCUGUGUUCCAAGCGAAGAUGUUGGACAUGUUGAAGCAGACUGGCAGGCCCGAGAUGGUCGUGGGUUGGUAUCACAGCCAUCCUGGUUUUGGUUGCUGGUUGUCCGGGGUGGACAUCAACACGCAGCAGAGUUUUGAGGCACUGUCGGAGAGAGCGGUCGCCGUGGUGGUAGAUCCCAUUCAGAGUGUCAAAGGAAAGGUGGUCAUUGAUGCCUUCAGACUGAUCAAUGCCAAUAUGAUGGUGUUGGGUCAUGAGCCAAGACAAACCACAUCAAAUCUGGGUCAUCUGAAUAAGCCCUCAAUCCAGGCUCUGAUUCACGGACUGAACAGACACUACUACUCAAUCACCAUUAAUUACAGGAAAAAUGAAUUGGAGCAGAAGAUGCUGCUCAACUUGCAUAAGAAGAGUUGGAUGGAAGGUCUCACCCUGCAGGAUUACAGCGAGCACUGCAAACACAAUGAGACCAUUGUCAAGGAAAUGCUGGAGCUUGCCAAGAACUACAACAAGGCUGUUGAAGAAGAGGACAAAAUGACACCAGAACAGCUGGCCAUCAAGAAUGUUGGAAAACAGGAUCCCAAGAGGCACUUGGAAGAGCACGUCGAUGUGUUGAUGACAUCUAACAUUGUUCAAUGCCUCGCUGCCAUGUUGGAUACCGUGGUUUUCCAGUGAUGACUUCCUGUUUAUAUCUGUUAAUAUUACAACCAGUUUUCUUUUAUAUAAAAUAAAUGUUAUGUACGAAAAAAUGCCUUUUAUCCUUGUUUGAACUUUACAAAGCUUUUUUCAUGGGCCUAACGGGUUGUGAUUUUCUUUCCAACACAUGACAAAUUGUUUGCUCCUGAAUAAAAACUUUGAUACUUUA